AUGCUACUGUUGGAAAGUCAAGUUUAUUUGUUAGAUAUGAUGAAGGAGCUUUCAGACCUGGCUUUUACAAUUGCGUGCCUCCUUCUUUCACAAUGAAAUUUGAGCGUUUUAAAGAAUUUAUCGUCAGACUUAUGGUCUGAGAUACAAGUGGAUCAGAAAGAUUUGGCAAGCUUCCACAGGUAUACUAUAUAUGCUUAUGCAUUUUUAAUUUUUUUUGGAAUAUCAAGGAAUCAUAAGCAUAAAAUUCAAUUAAUUUUCAUAUCAAUUUUGGCUCAGAAUAUCAGAGCAUUCGUAAAAAAAAAUCAAAAGCCAUAUAAGAAUAAAGAUAUCGCUAUAAUAGUAUAAUAUCCUAGGCUUUUUUAAAUUGAUUUUGCAAAUUUUAAUAACACAAAAUAUAGUAGUUAUAAUAUUUUUGGACAUAUGAUAAUAAAAUAUAGAACUGUUUAUAUUUGACUUAUCGAAUAGGGAAACCUUUGAACAUGUUGAUUAUUGAUUUAGCAGAGCGAAAAAUUUUGCUGCAAAAGAGACAGUUUUUGCCUUAUUAGGGAAUAAAAAGGACUUGGUGAGAGAGAUUAGUGAAGAAGAAGCUAGAGAAAAAGCAGAAAAAUGGGCAGCGAUAUAUAUGGAAGUCAGUGCGUUAACUGGAGAAAAUAUAAAUGACGUUUUUAGAAAUACAUCAGAAGAAGUUGUUUGAAAUAUCAGAAGAAAUUAUAGUAAAAUCACAGAGAAAUUUUAA